GUUUUGAAAACCCGGAAGCGGAAGUUGUUGGUCGGAUCCGCUCCCGGUGAAGUCCACGUCAGUCCUCAGAGCACACCUGAGGGGUCCGGACCGAACCGAACUAAAGUCACACCCGUUAACUCUCCUGCGCAUCAUGGCGGACGAGGCCACGCGCAAGGCCGUUUCGCAGAUCCCGUUGCUGAAGACGCACGCGGGGCCGCGAGACCGCGCGCUGUGGCCGCAGCGGCUGAAGGAGGAGUACCAGGCGCUGAUCCGCUUCGUGGAGCAGAACAAGGCGGCCGACAACGACUGGUUCCGCCUCGAAUCCAACGCUGACGGCACGCGCUGGACUGGCACGUGCUGGUACAUCCACGAGCUGCUGCGCUACGAGUUCCGGCUAGAGUUCGAUAUCCCUGUGACGUACCCGGACACCGCGCCUGAGGUGGCAGUUCCGGAGCUGGACGGGAAGACCGCCAAAAUGUACCGCGGCGGGAAAAUCUGCCUCACCGAACACUUUGCGCCGCUCUGGGCCCGGAACGCGCCGCGGUUCGGGCUCGCGCACCUCAUGGCGCUCGGACUCGGACCGUGGCUCGCCGUGGAGAUUCCGGACCUUAUCAGCAAGGGCAUCGUAGUCCACAAGGAGGGGCAGGCCGAACCGGCGGCGGAGUGACAUCGGACGGAAAGCCGAACCGGACCGGAAGCAGGGCUGAAAGACUGAAACUAGGAGAGUAAAAACUGUGUUAAAAUGAAUGGAGUCUGGUUUGGAAAUGACGUUGACUCUGUUAGUCAUCACUGAUCUGUAACUGACGCUGUUUAAGUAAAAAUGGGCACAGAGAGAAUUGAGUCUGAUUGGGAGAUCGCACUGGCAUCUGGCUAUUAUUUUUCAGUAGUAAGACUAAAUGAGUAAAGCUCAUGAGAAUAUGAAUGGAGUCUGGUGGCGAGAUGACCCACAGAUUGGUAAUAAUAAAAGGUAGAAAUGUGUUGAUAUAAUAAAUUGAGAUUUACCGUAAAAUAACUUCAGCCCACUGAAAGAUAGUGGGGAAAAAUCAAUGGAACCUGGUGGAGAGGUGGCCCCUCGUAACAAAUUUAUGAUGUUGAUAUUUUUAUUGCGCCACAAGAAAUGAUAAAAAUGGUGCUAAAAUGAAUGGCUUCUGGCUUUUUUUGCUCAGUAAAGAAGUAAAAAGUGAGAAGAUGAAUUUAGUCGUGGAGAGUUGAUCUAGAUUAUUUAACAUAACUGUCAAAGCCUAGAGGCAAAAG